GCCUGUCAAACGACCCAAGAGAAAAGACAAACCAUUAGAUGAGGAUGAUCAAGACCAGAAUACUAAACCAUAUCCACCAAACAUGCCAAUGGAAACUCCAAGAAUUAUUAAAGAAAACAAAGAUGAUAAGACUCUCUCUCUUGGUUGGUCACCAGCUGAAUAUCGCACAAUGGGAAAGAGGUCUCCUAUAACAUAUGCCAUUGAGGUUCAGGAACCCCCAUCCUCAUCUUGGAAGAGGAAAUAUUAUGACAUACCUGAGUCAAAAUUCACAAUUCCAGACAUAGAUCCUUACCAGGAUUACAGAUUUAGGGUGAUUGCAGAAAAUGAGUUUGGACCAAGCUCGCCAUCACUUCCAGUUUCAAGAGAUGGGGCUAAAGAUAAAAGGAAAUCCCUCCCACCACUUCCCCCAGCUGAAAUGCCAACAUUCAGUGACCUCACAGACUCAUCCCUUAAGCUUAACUGGCUUCCAUCAGAAAGGCAACCAAAUAGUAAACCAUCUCCAAUAUGGUAUAACAUAGAAAUGCUCUGUCCACCUAAUAUAGGUUGGAAAAAGCUAAGCACAAACUGGCCUGAUCCUUUCUAUGAUGUUAAUGGACUUGAUCCAUUGAGAGAUUACAAAUUCAGAAUACGUGCUGAAAAUGAUUAUGGAUUGAGUGAUCCUACCCCUGUAUUAGAGCUCACAAGAGAAAGGCCCCUGCAACAUCUUCCACCUUACAUGCCUAUGGAUGCACCUAAGAUAUAUGACAGCAAACCAGAUAACCUCAACCUCAAAUGGAAACCAGCCACAACUCCUGAUGAUGCUAAAGAUGUCCCUAUUACAUAUAGCAUUGAAACCCAAGAGCCUGGGGAUGCUGACUGGACUCCAGUUGCAAGUGGUUUGAAAGACACAACCCAUUAUCUAGAUGGCCUAAACCCAGAGAAAGAUUAUAGAUUCAGGAUUAUUGCACAAAAUGAGUUUGGACCAAGCACUCCUACAUUAGGUGUAAACAGAGAUGGUGUAAAAGAUAUGAGAAAGAACAAGCCACCUAGACCUUUGACUGAUGCUCCUACAAUUAGUGAUGCUACAGAUGAUAGCCUAAAUCUUCACUGGUCUCCUGCAACAUAUUCAAAAAAUGCAAAGCCCAAUCCGAUCAGAUAUAACAUUGAGCUUCUUGCAUACCCCAGCAAAGAUUGGGUUCCAUUUGCAAGAGAUAUACCAGAUACAACAUACAAAGUGGAUGGUUUGGAUCCAUACAAGGAUUACAAAUUCAGAGUAACACCUUUGAAUGAUUAUGGAGAAUCUGACUAUAGUUUACCUGCCAAGAGACCUAAGAGAAGAGACAAGCCAAUAGAUGAUACAGAUAGCAAACCAGAUGAUGACUCAAAUACCAAACCAUAUCCACCAAAUAUGCCUAUGGAGGCACCAAGAAUUCUUAGUGAAAACAAAGAUGAUAGAACUUUGGACCUUGGCUGGUCACCGGCAGAUUAUCGAACAUUUGCAAAGAGGGUUCCGAUAACAUAUGUCAUUGAAGUACAAACACCUCCCUCAUCUGAUUGGAAAAGGAAGUAUGAUGGAAUCAAAGACAACAAUUAUACAAUUAAAGAUGUAGAUCCACUUCAGGAUUACAAAUUUAGAGUUAUAGCAGAAAAUGAAUUCGGCCCAAGCUCUCCAUCACUUCCUGUUGACAAGAAUGGCACAAGGGAAAAACCAAGGGAGAUUCCACCCCUGCCACCUGCUGAAAUGCCAACAUUCAGUGAUCUUAAGGAUACAUCUCUUAGGCUAAGCUGGCUCCCAGCUGAAAGGCAGCCAAAUACUAAACCAUCUCCUCUAUGGUAUAACAUUGAAGUGUGCUCGCCAUCUGAUAAUGACUGGAGCAAACUCAGUUCUAAUUGGCCCGAUCCAUUUUAUGAUGUCAGGGGACUUGAUCCUUUGAAGAAUUACAACUUCAGAGUAAGAGCGGAGAAUGACUUUGGCCUAAGUGAUCCCUCUCCUAUUGCAGAGUUUAAAAGGACACCUAAAGAGCCUCCAAAAGCAAAAGAACCCCAAUUAUUUCUUCCACCAAAUAUGCCAGUGGAAGCUCCUUAUUUCAAUGACAGGGGUGACGAUUUUGUUCUAUUAUCUUGGGCACCUGCAAAUGAUGAACCUAAUUCUAAACCAUCUCCAAUAACAUACACCAUUGAAUACCAAGAUCCUCCUCUCUCAGAAUGGAAAACACUGACAAGUGACUUACCUGAUCCAUCAUACAAGAUAGGCAACCUAGACCCUGGCAAAGAUUAUAGGUACAGGGUUUUUGCUGUCAAUGAAUUUGGCAAAAGCUCUCCUACUAUCGCUGUUACAAGGGAAGGACUCAGAGAUCUUCGAGCAGCUGUUCCGCCAAGAGCUCCGGCAGAGGUGCCUUACUUUUCUGAACCACCAGAGGGCCUCACUCUUAAUUGGUAUCCAUCUUCAUAUCCAACAUAUGCCAAACCAUCUCCAAUAACAUACACAGUAGAAAGACAGGAUCCACCUAGUCCAGAUUGGUAUAAGGUUGCUGGUGGAAUCCCAGAUACUUUCUUCAGGCUAACAGACCUGAAUCCAGAUAAUGACUACAAAUUCAGGAUCCGUGCAGAGAAUGAAUUUGGAGUUAGUGAGCCUAGUCUCCCAGUGAAAAGACCCAAAUUAAAACCACAAAAACCAGCUGAAGAUAUGCUUCCUGGACUUCCACCACUUGGCUUGAAAGAGAAACCAUGGUUGUCAGAUAUAUCUGAUAAUGACUGUGUAAUCAACUGGGCUCCAUCUGGUCCAGCAGAAGGUUCCAGACCAUCACCAAUUCAUUAUGGAAUUGAUAUUAUGGAACCAAAUAGUAGUGAUUGGACCCCAUACAAACGAGGCUUAGAUGGCCCAUCAUAUAGAAUAGGAGAUCUGAAUCCUGAAAAAGAUUACCGAUUCAGAGUGAUACCUGAAAAUGAAUUUGGUCAAAGUGUACCCUCCUUGGGAGUGACUAAGGAAGGAGUGAUGGACCUGUCAGUUGGUGUGCCACCAAGGUCACCAUUUGAUGCACCAACUAUAUCUAAUUCAACAGGCACUGAUCUUACUCUGUCAUGGUUCCCAUCUAAGCUUUCACCAAAUGCCAAGCCUUCGCCAAUAUCUUAUAUAGUUGAAAUGCAAUCGCCUCCUGCUUUUACGUGGAAUAAACUUGUUGGCGGACUCCCUGAUACAACAUAUGAUGUCCACAACUUGCUUCCAGAAGACAAUUACCAGUUCAGAGUUAGAGCUGAAAACGAAUAUGGUCAGAGUGAACCUAGUUUACCGGUCAAGCGUGAGAAACCCAGGACCAAAACUGAAUAUUUAGCUUUACUGCCACCAUAUGCACCCAGAGGUACACCUUAUAUCAGUGAUGUAGGCAAAUCUGAUUGUGUUCUUAACUGGGAAGUCGCUCUCCCACAGGAAAACUCGAAACCAUCUCCUAUCACAUAUCACAUUGAAUCAAAUACCCCACCAAUGUCAUCCUGGAAGAGGUUAAGAUCUGACCUUCCUGACACCAAGUUUAGGAUUAGCAAUCUAGAUCCCCAUAAGGAUUAUCAGUUCAGAGUUAAGGCUGUGAAUGAUUUUGGUUCAAGUGAGCCAACACCUGCAGUCAAGAAAGAAGGAGUCAAAAGAGAAGAGCCAGAUUUUGACCAGACAAUUGCUGUUCCUCCUAGGGCUCCAUUAGAUGUUCCUUAUAUUACAAAUUUAGCUGAUACUUCAUUUACCCUGAACUGGAGCCCAGCUAGACUUGCACCGAUGAGUAAACCAUCACCAAUAACAUAUAGCAUAGAAGUACAGGAUCCACCAAGCUUUGAUUGGAAGAAAAUAUUUGAUGGUAUAUCUGAUACAUGCUACAAUAUUGGUGAUAUUGACCCUAAAAAAGAUUACAGAUACAGAGUUAGGGCACAUAAUGAGUUUGGUGUCAGUGAGCCUACAAUGGCUGCUAGACUAGAUCGUAGGGAAAAAGAGGAUGAGUAUGCACUAACUGUCCCACCAAGGUCACCACCAGAUACACCAUUCUUCACUGACAAAACAGACACAUCGGUAAUAUUGAACUGGUCUCCAGCAAAGCCAGCUGCAUACGGGAAACCAUCCCCCAUCACAUAUAUCAUAGAAUUUCAGGAACUACCUGAUUUUGAUUGGAAAAGAUUGAAGGGUGGAAUUAAUGACACUUCUCAUCCCAUUAAUAACUUAGAUGCAGGAAGGGAUUAUAGAUUCCGGGUUCGAGCCGAGAAUGAGUUUGGAGUAAGUGAACCAUCUACAUCAGUCCACAGGGAUAAAAUUGAGAAAGAUGAAGAUAAGUUCAUCACCGUACCACCAAAGGCUCCAAGUGAUAUCCCAUACUUCACCAACAGGAAACCAGAAUCACUUACCCUGAAUUGGAACCCUGCAAGAAUGCCUCCAUACAGCAAACCAUCUCCAAUAACAUAUAUAAUUGAAGUACUUGAACCAACUGAUAUGGAUUGGAGAAGAAUUCAUGAAGGCAUCGAUGGUAUUUCAUUCGACUUAGAUGGACUUGAUCCAAAUAAGGAAUACAAGUAUAGGAUUCGAGCUCACAACGAAUAUGGCAACAGUGAGCCUAGUAUGACAGUGAGAAGGGAGAAACCCAAGAGGGAUGAUGACCACUUGAUGGCCCUUCCACCCAGAUCACCCCCUGAUGCUCCUCAUGUUAUUAACCUCACCGAUAACUCAUUCACUCUCACAUGGUCACCAUCAGAUGUACCCACAUAUGGAAAGAAAUCACCAAUCACAUACAGCGUUGAGUAUCAGGAGCCACAUGGUUACACAUGGAAGAAAUUGGUUGAUGGGUUGUCUGAUCCAACAUAUGGUGUAAAGGACUUCAAGCCAGAUUUGGGUGACUGGAAAUAUAGGGUUCGUGCUUCUAAUGAGUAUGGUACCAGUGAACCAACAAGACAUGUUACAGUUGGAGGAAAGAAAGAGAAGACAAUUGAAGAUCUCUAUGGAAGAGGAGCUCCUCCAAGAAUGCCAUCAGAUGUUCCAAAGAUUACAAAUGCCACUCAUAAGGGGCUGGCUCUUACAUGGAAGAAGGCAAAACCAGCCACUCUUGGUAAACCAGGUCCCUGUACAUACAUAGUGGAAUACCAAGAACCUCCCAGUGGAGAUUGGAAGAGAAAACUUGAGGAUAUAAAGGAACUUACUGCUGAUAUUCCAGAUCUAGAUCCUAGCAAGGAAUACAGGUUCCGAAUCAGAGCGAAGAAUGAGUAUGGAGAAAGUGAACCUGGUAGAUCAGCCUAUAGAGACCGGCUAUUGAAAGAUACUGUGGACCACGCUCCUUUUGGAGGAAGACGUGGUUCAUCCACAUUUACUAGAGAAGCUCCUCCAUUGCCACCAACAGAAGCCCCUUAUAUCUCUCAGAAAGCAGACAACAAUGUGGUAUUAUGUUGGGGACCUGGAAAGCUUUCACCUUAUUGCAAGCAAGUCCCUAUUAAAUAUAUUGUGGAGAUGCAAACUCUCCCUAGUGUGGAAUGGAAACGGGUACAAGAUGGUAUCCCAGAAUGCACAACUCAAGUGAAUGACUUAGUGAAGGAUAAGGACUACAAAUUCAGAGUAAAAUCUCAGAAUGAGUUUGGUGAAAGCGAGCCUAGUAGGCCAUGCUUUAGGGAAAGACAAUGGGACAUUGGGUUUGAUAAACCAGACUCAGGGCUGGCUGUUCCCCCUAGUUUUGUGUACCAAGAGGAAGGAGAUCUCACACAGUAUGGAGUUGAGGGCUAUACAGCAAAAGUCACAUGUACAGUACAUGCCUGGCCACAUCCUAGGUUAAAGUGGUUCCUGAAUGGGGAGAAGAUUGACCUUGGUGGACGUUACAGUGCAUACUUGGAUGAUAAGGGUGUUUGUACACUGGAGUUUGAUCAUAUGUCAUGGGAUGAUGUUGGAACCUACAAAUGCUAUGCUGAGAAUGAGUAUGGAGAGUCAUCCUGGACUGUUAAAUUUGAAAUGGCAGAUCCGCCGACAUUCCUGGAGCCUCUAAAGAACCUGACCAUCCCACUAUGGGGCAGUGGGAAACUAGAGUGUCGGGUAGAUGGACUCCCCUACCCCAAACUCUCCUGGAACAAAGACUGGAGAACUCUCCCCGAGUCCCAUAGAAUUAGGAUAAAACGGAAAGAUAAAGACCACUGGGUGCUUAGCUUGGACAAUGUUAUUGGUCGGGACACUGGCUUGUAUAUAUGUGUUGCUGAGAACAUUGCAGGCAAAGUCCACUGUAUCGCCAAUGUCACCAUAGAUGAGAAGGCAACCUUCUUGAGUGAUAUUCAGUUCAAGCCUACAAAGGUUGAGGACUUUUACCACACUCUAGAGGAGAUUGGCAGGGGGCGUUAUGGAAUAGUGAGGCGUAUGAUAGAAAAGUCAACUGGUUGUGAAUUCGCUGCAAAGUUCCUCAGAGCGAGAAAUGAGAAAAUGAAAGAAGAACUAAGACAUGAAAUGGAAACAUUGCGACUUUGUAAACAUCGGAAUAUUGUAGAUCUUGUGGAUGCCUAUGAAACUGAGAGGAGAAUCGUCCUAGUUAUGGAACUAGUAAAUGGUCCAGAACUGGUUGACAAAGUCAUAGCAGAAGAUUCCUGGACAGAGAGUGAAGCAGCUUUCUUUGUGAGACAAAUAUUGGAUGCAGUCCGACACAUGCAUUCUCACAACGUCUUACAUUUGGAUUUAAAGCUUGAAAAUAUUCAUCUAGCUAACAACACCUCGGAUGAAAUAAAGGUGACUGACUUUGGAUUUGCAAGACGGUACAACCCCAAGGUGCCAUUGAAGUUCCAUUACGGUACGCCAGAGUUUGCUGCCCCCGAGACAGUGAAUGACGACUCCGUCUCCUACGCUACUGAUGUAUGGUCUGUUGGAGUAAUCGCAUACAUCUUAUUGAGUGGCUUGUCGCCAUUUGGAGGUGCGUCCGAUAAAGAAACACUCGAAAAGAUCCAGAAAGUUGACUGGUCCUUUGACAGUGACGUGUUUGCUAACAUAUCAGACGAGGCUAAAGACUUUGUAACAAGAAUCCUCCAACUCAACCCAUUGGACCGGAUGAGCGUAGAAGAGUGUUUGAUGCACCCAUUCAUCCAGCUGGCAGAAAACAGAGGAGAGGGGCCCAAGAUAAAUCUAGAUCGUUUGCACGUUCUGCACACCAGGAGCAGGUGGCUGCGAGUUGCCGGACAUGUGAAGAACGUUGUUCAGAUGAAACCUCUAUCAGAGCUGAUGGUUGAUAUCCCUAUGUUCCAAGUGCCACAACUGCUCAUACCAGAAAUGGGUCUGGACUUUGAGGGCGAACGGCCUCCACCGACCCCACUCAGAGAAGGCUCCCCAUCCUCUACUGCUACGUUUGAGCACUCAAUAUUUAGUCCGCCCGGACUUAUGAGCCCUCCAGGUUUGUUUAGCCCUCCCCCGAGUUUGCUCAGCCCAGGGGGAGCAGCCGGUGGAUUGGCCCCAGGAGGCUGGGGUGAAUAUGCAAGUUCUGAAGGGGGUGCGAGUAGCCAUAAGCUACGCGUAAUGAGAGCUCCAUCCCCAAUGAUCAUUGGCUCUGAUACCGUAACGUCGGGAUCUGAGGAUGAUGUUGAACUACAAGAUGAAGACAACUGGGCAGAAUGGAGCACCAUGUAUCAACAAGGCCCUGACACAUGUCUUCUACCGCUUGGUGAUAAGAGUCUCCCUGUAAGACUCAGAGCUUAUAAACGCAGCGAUGGUAAGCCACACCCUGAGCUGAAUGUCCAAAUACCGUCCAUAGAUUCACCGAUCCUUGACUCAAGCGUCGACCGUGAGUACCAGAUUGCGCAGAAAACGCUCCAAGAACGCAGAACUCUCAAGGACGUUGAUAAAGAAAACCUUCCGAAGGUUAAACUAAAGAAGGUAAAGAAGAAGAAGGUCACUGACAGAACUGUUGGUGGACAGAUGAGAAUGCUUGUAGAGGAGGACGAUGACGAGGAUGACACAAUAAGGAGACGCUCGGCCAAGAGCACUCCACCUAAACGUAAACGCAUGGGAGAAGUUUGUCCGCCAGUGUUCCGGGAGAAAGUGAACGAUACGGCGUAUUCUGUAGGAGAUUACGUCACUUUGAAGUGCAGAAUAGUGGGCAGCCCACACCCCAGUGUUACAUGGUAUAGGAACGAGGAGCUCCUACACAGUGGUGGUCGUGUCCGAUGUACCUACACUUCAGAUGGCAGAGCCAGUUUGACAGUGCUCAGUGCAAAGCCCAAUGACGAGGGAAUCUACAAGUGCGUCGCUAGGAACAAACUGGGUCGAGUCAGCUGCAGAGCUAGACUUCUAGUUGGAGACAUCCCAGAGAGGCCGGGACGUCCUACAGUGACGCAGGUCUCCAGCCAGGAAGCGUUCAUCAUCUGGGACGCACCCAAGUCAGAUGGUAACACACAUAUCAUCGCAUACAAGGUGGACUAUCGCCGUCACGGAGAUGACAGGUGGACCACUGGCACAUACACAAUAGGGGAAUGUGCUCUGAUAAACAACCUGGAAGAUGACACCAUUUAUAGGUUCCGUGUCUCUUGUAUCAACCAGUUUGGAGCCAGUCCCUACAGUUGGGCAUCGAUAGAGUGCAAGACAAAGUCCAAAGGUGCAGCCAACCUUGAUAUUGAUCAAGAUACAAAACGUAUAUUGCUGCGCUCCCGUCAGGCCACAGAGCGUCCCUCACCCACAUCCAGUCCCUCUGGUACCCCAAGGGCCAUGAGUCCUGUGGAUGGGGAAGAUAUUGAUGUCGAUAAAGUGAAGGGAGCAGACAGGGAAGUUUUCUUGCAAGAAAUUACACCUGAGAAAUUUUAUGACUUCCACACUGAAUUAUGGAGAGGCAAAUUCUCGAUUAUUCGAAACUGUCAUCCGAUAGAUGGCAGCAGCAAACAGAGGGCCGCCAAAAUUAGCCUCUUUAACUCUGAAAAAGAAAAAGAGUGUCUCCAAGAAUAUGAGGUUUUAAAACUUGUUCGUCAAGAACAUAUAGUUCGUCUUUUGGAGGCUUUCCAAACAACAGAGUAUGUCUGUCUCAUCUUUGAGAAACUUCACGGAGAAGACGUCACCCGUUAUUUGUCAUUUAAGACAAAAUACACCGAGGAGUUGGUCUCUAAGGUGAUCAGACAGGUGAUGGAUGCUAUCCAGUAUCUACACCAUCAUGGCAUUGUUCAUCUCAAUCUGGCUCCCGCCAAUAUUCUCAUGGUGAGCAGGCGGCGCCUGAAGGUCAAGGUCAUAGACUUUGGUUGCGCCCAGCAGAUCCUCACUGAUGAUGGGGAGCCAAGUGAGAGACAUGGGAGAACAGAGUUCAUGGCUCCCGAAAUGGUGAACAAAGAUCUGUGCGGAGUUGGGGCAGAUAUAUGGGGAAUUGGAGUUCUCACAUUUAUACUUCUGAGUGGUGUAUCACCAUUCAGAGGUGAAAGUGAUGAGGAGACAACAUCCAACAUCAACUAUCUGAACUACGAUGCACAUGAUCUCUACGACAGCAUUACUAAGGAGGCUCUCAAGUUUAUCUACCAGACACUAAAGAGAGUUCCUGUGAAUCGGUUGACACUUGAAGAGUGUUUAGACCACAAGUUUCUUCAAGUGUCCAAGAAGAUGGUAGAAAAACGAGAAAACACCAUCUUCAGCACCAACAGAAUCAAACAAUUCGCGGAGGAGUAUCGUUUAAGACGUAAGGCAGAGGCGACUAGAAAUGAUCAACUCCUCCAUGCUUUUGGUUGCGGUGAUGCAGCCUCGGCAAUGGAUUCGGAUGUAGACAUUUAAUAAAAUUACAAUGUGAUAAAGGGUCAGGUCAAAAUAUUGCUAUCCAACAAAAAAUAUAAUUGCGUAUGUUUGGGGUUUGUGAUAUCAUUGAUUUCUUGUACUCGCAGUGUUCGAGUUUGGAAUUACUGUUGUGACAAGCGUAAUUAAAGGAAAGGUUUCAAUUCGAAUGAGAGGAUGGGGGUUAAGUCAAAACAAAAUUAAUGGCAUUUUUGGUGGAUCUCAAUUCAUUGAACCGACCCCAAAAAGAAACUAUGCAAACAAGAAUACAGCAAUCAAAUUGCAACAGAGACUAUGCAACUGAAAUUAAACGACACAAAAUUGUGUUUGUUAUGUAAAUAAUAUUUAUUUUAAUUAAAAGUUUCAGUUUGCUUUAUUGGUGCCUUAUUAAUCAAGUAGUCAUGUUUAUUAAAAAUUAUAUUUGACAAUUCUUUUCAGAUAUGAUGUAUAUAAUAGAACAGAUUGCUUUUUGUGGCUUUUUGCAUUUAUGUGUAUUUAGUCAAUAUACCUUAAAUAUUGCAGUUCUGAGAUAUCUAGGUGUAAUAUACAAUGACAAAAUGCUUCAAAGUACUCAUUUCAUGAUUUACAAAGAUCCGAAGGUACCCUCCAACUGAGCAAUAAUAGCCAUGUUAAUGAGUUUCCCAUUUACUCUGGAUUCUAGGAAUAUGGCCAGUCUAGUUAAUGUAUCAGUUUUUGAAUGAGUAGCUGAUGUAAAUGUUUUUAGAUGUUCUGAAUUAUAUGUUAUCAAAUGAAAUAUCAUUAGGGUGAACCAUAUCUAUACAAAUAACUACAUACAUACUAACAUGUGCUUACAUCCUAAAGGCUACUUACACUGUAAGUGUACAUACUAAGAUUAUGGAGCUAUUAGAUACUUAUCCAUAUUCUCAUCUAAGUCAAUUUUGUCAAAAUAGUGUAAGGUAUGUUAUUCAAUUGUUAUUUGUCAUUCUUAUUGAAAGACAUCUAUCCUCAAUAUUAGAGACAUCUGAAGUGAGGACCUUGGGCACAUUUCAGAUUAUCGACAAGUGUCCAUAUAGUUCAUGCAGUCAUUCUACUGUGCAAUAAAAUGUAGAUUCAUUUAUUGUGAUAUUUAUUAUUGGUGUAAGAUACUAGUCUCGUUAUUUAUGAUAUUUUUGUAUAAAGUGCAAGUUAUGUUGUAUUUUUAUUUUGCUGGUGAAUUGCUGUAGAAAUGAAAUCUGAUUUGCAAUAAACAGUAGAUUUAAAA